AGGGACAUUCAGAGCAUAACAAGGAAUUUCAUAGACUUAUAACCCGAGGAGUGAAAGUCGAAGAUCUUCCAAAGCAAUAUGUGGCUAGGUACAAUACUGUAUAUGCCAAGCUGCUUAGCAGCUGUCGCCAAUAUACAAAUGCUCUUGACAGGGCAAGAGAUGCACUGAGCGACUCAAAGGAUGAAGAGGAAAGAAAAGAAAUUGAACAGCUAGUCUCACAGCUCGAAUCAAACAUCUCAGAAAUCCAGGAUGAAGACAUAGAAAGUGAGAUUGAUGAACAAUGGCUUACUGACACGAACAUUGCAACGUCAGAAUUGUCUGCCCGUCAGGCUGAUGAUGCUCGACAUCGCCACAGACCACCUCCAAACACAGAAGGAGAAGACGAUCGUCGAUUACACACGCUCUUCGAAGUCAAUCCCUCGAAAGAGUGCCUGUGAGGGCCAGUGUUAGACAACAAGCAACAGAUAGUCGUCUUGGAACUCGUUCUUUGCGGGCGUCAGCAAUGACACAGAGAUUCAAUGAAAGCACCCCUGAUUUAAGACUCGUCGGCAGCCUUGUGGACACCUCUGAUAAUGACUCAUCAACACCUGAGCCUCCUACUUACAGCAGUGAAUCUGAGACAGAGGAUGACGAAGAGACGAAACAAAUCAGAUUAUCAGAUAUGACGACGAUGACGAAGAACCAGCUGACGAAUUGUCAGAGGAAACGGUCUCAACAGUGAUGGAUGACGAGAAAGAAUGGUUUGAGAAGAGCGUGGAAGGACUUGAAAGUGUAGAGGAGAACUUUAGUUCAGAGAACGAUGUCGAGCUCUCGCCACAACAAAAGGAACUUUUCGAGAAAGACUCGGACAGAAAUAGUUUCUAUUAUCCUUUACACAAAGACGCUGAUUAUCUGGAUGCACUAGUGAAGUCAAAUCCUGAUAAAUACAAACGAUGUCAGCUGAAAAUCGAGUUUUCGCACAAGUCUGUCGCUAGGGUUCUAGACAAGGGCAGCAAGUUCUCUGAAAUUCUCAUCUGUGGAAGAUCAAAGUGCGGACAAACUUACAUGGAUGAUGAGGUCGUGGUGGAAGUCCUGGCAGAACCAGGACAAGCCCGCGAACUACAGACGAACGAAACACCUGGUCAGGAAGAACAGGAAGAUGUGGAGAAGAUGGCUCAUGGGUGUGUCGUGGGUAUGUACCCAUCAAGAAGAAUGCGGUUUAAAGAUGUGGAACAUCCAGUCCUGACCUGUACACUGGACGAAAUCGAAAGUCAUCUCAUGAAACCCCUGUGUAAAACUGUUCCCAAAAUUCAUGUCAUGAACGACAAGGUAAAAGAAAAAUAUCCAGCACUGACCAAACAUCGCGUGGAGAUUAAACAGAUAGUGAAUGGCAAAGUGGAGUUCAAACAGUUUCUGAACGUUGAUCCCGAUAAACGAGAGCAGUACGUCUUCAAAGUGGUCAUCUUGUCUUGGAGAAUGCAAAGCAUUUACCCACUUGGUGCGAUUCUGGAGGCUUGUAUUGGAGGCAGAGACUUUGCAAGCGGGCUUCAAGUGCUUACAAUGCAACACAGUGUGCCUGGUGUCUACCCAAGACAAGUGAUUCGUGAAACACAAGCGCUAAAACUUGAAGACUUCCCACAAAGGACUGAAAGACUCGACCUCACGUCAAGAAGAGUUUUCACCAUUGACCCACCAGGUUCACAGGAUUUGGAUGACGCGCUCAGUAUAUGGAAAACAAAAAGUGGAUUUAUCGUGGGAAUUCAUAUUGCUGAUGUGGCAUCGUUUGUGAAAGUGGGGACGGCAGUUGAUGAAGAAGCGAAACGAAGGGCCUUCACUUUCUAUCCAGGUCGACGAAAACCACGACCGAUGUUUCCAGAGCCACUCAGUCACGGAGUACUCAGUCUCCUUCCUGGACAAGAACGUCUCGCCUUGUCUGUUUUCUUUUGCUUUGACAAGAAAGGAAGUCUAAAUAUGGACGAGGAGCCACGAGUUAAGAAAACAAUAAUAAAGUCAACACGACAGUUCUCGUAUGAGGAGAUACAAAAGGUAAUUGAUGGAGAUCAACAAAUUGAUGUCGACCAAGAUACUCGCAAGGACGUUCUGGAUCUUCACAUGAUUGCGUCUCAACUGAGAGAGGCACGAAUAGGGAAAGGAGGUCUGUUCGUUCCUUUUGAAGAUCCUCGUUUACAUGAUAUAGACAAUGUUGCUGACAGUCUCCAGGCUCACUCUCUUGUUGAGGAGUUCAUGGUUUUAACCAACAAAUCAGUCGCUAAGAGACUAAGACAAAAGUUUCCACAUGUGAUGAUCUUACGAUCACAUAAGCCACCAACUUAUGAACAGUUAGCAGAAUGGAGAGAGAAGGAAGGAAACAUAGCAAAUCUCGUAAUUCAACUGCAAGGCAAGAAAACAAGUCCUUCAACCAAGUUGUCUGUAUCAGCUGGUGUCCAGGGACAUGACAUGUUUCCCCAGAACAGACACGUCAUCGUCCAGGAACACUUGUAUCACAGGAUAUGUGAAUGUCUGGAGGAGGAAAACUUGGAUGAGGCUCGCAGACUUCUUUUUAUGGACUCCUUGCAUCCACUACAGUGUCUUGCAUACCAGCACUGGAUGGAGAUGAUGGAAACAGCCGAGUACAAAUGUUCUCACGGUCUAAACCAGCCUGACCACUACCACUUUGGCCUUGACAUUGAGUACUACACACAUUUCACGUCUCCUAUCAGGAGGUACGUUGACCUGCAUGUCCAUCGUCUCCUACACGCUGACUUGGAUGGCAAGGCACCAAACUGCAAGGCUGAAGAUGUUGUGCGGCUGUGUCAGCACCUAAAUAAUGUGAAUGCCAGACAGAAGGCUUUUAGCUAGAGGAUGUAGGGCUCUUGCUAUUGCCGAGAAACUGCAGACCAAUCCGCUUGUAUUCCGAGCAUUUGUGGAUAAUGUGGACAGUGAACAGCUUACCUUCUGUUUGCCUUCACUUCUCUCUGUCUCCGACCGAAGACAAGAGGUUCCUUUCAGCGCGCUUGGAGUUAGCAGCCAGCCCGAAGUUAUCACUGACACUAUACAGAAAAAAGAUAUGGCGACUGUGCGCUGGGGGAUGAGAGUUUACAACGAGCACGGCACGUGUUCUAGAGAACUGGUUAUCAAGAGAAAAUACGUAGAAGAAGAAGCUCGCACAAAAAUAUACCUUUGUCAGUUCCUCUUGAAUCCCUAUAAACCCUAAUCAACUGACUGUCAUUGUUGGCCAAAAGAGUGGGCAGACAUGUUGCGGAUGCUGAUACAUCAAAAUCCCUCUGCGCCGCCUGAUAUACCAGCCGUCAUUGAGAGAGUCCGAUCAGAAGUUGACCACAUCUCAGCUGAGAACGGAGAUGGUACUGUAUCAGUGCGCCGGUUUCGCUUUCAGCAUGACUUUCUCUCCUGGCCAGGUUAUUCCAGUCCAGAUGUCAGCUGAGCCAAAGAAAGGGCUUCUCAAACCUCGUGUGGAGCUUGUCCAGAUCACUCGCAAUGCCAACAUCUGCAUACAUCACAU